CGGCGAUCCCGCCGGGAAGAUGCGCUGCGGGAGCAUCCCGGGCUGAGCAGGUGCCUCUUCCUUCGCCUAGCUCCAGGCAGCUGACCCAACUUCAAAAAUGUGACUCAUGGCUCCUCCAGCAAAAGGAUCAGGAGCAGUUUCUGGGUUGGUGCAAGAGCCCCACAAAGGACACAAAGGGGGUGAAGAUGAGAGGAAUCUGGCUGGAUACCUGUUGGCCUGUUGGAUACCUGCUGGCUCUGGGACACAUGCACAAAUGGAGAAACACGACAGAUUCCAGGAAGUUCAGGCUGUUUUUCUGCCUGCUGGGGCUCAGCAGUGCCAGCUUCUGGGUUUUCUUCAGCUGGACCCAAUUCUGCACGUCCUGUGAGAGCAGCCAGGGUUACACCUUCCCCGUGGAGACUUUCAGGAGGAUCGAAGGGAACUUCUCCCAGCUCCCAGAUGUUGACUGCCUCAAGAACCCUCCUUUCCUUGUGCUGCUCGUGGCAUCCUCGUGCCAGCAGGUGAGUGCCAGGAUGGCCAUCAGGCAUACCUGGGGCAAGGACAGGACCGUGGCUGGGAAGCGCCUGGUGACGUUUUUCCUCCUGGGGAGCCCUGGGAAUGCCAGGCAGCAGGCUGACAUCACUGCUGAGAGCCAGAGGUACAGAGACAUCAUCCAGAAGAACUUUAUGGACACCUAUUACAACCUGACCCUAAAGACCAUGAUGGGAAUUGAGUGGAUUCACAGGUUUUGUUCCCAGUCCAGCUUUGCCAUGAAAACCGACACAGAUGUGUUUGUCAACGUUUUUUACCUCACUGAGCUCCUUCUGAGGAAAAAGAAGACUGCUGGAUUCUUCACAGGCUUUUUAAAACUGCACGAGCAGCCCAUCAGGACGAGAAGGAGUAAGUGGUAUGUGAGUAAGGAAGAGUAUCCAGGAUCGACCUACCCACCCUUUUGUUCUGGGACUGGGUAUGUUUUAUCCAGCGACGUAGCCAGCCAGAUCUAUAACAUUUCUGAGAGUGUUCCAUUCAUUAAACUGGAGGAUGUGUUCAUAGGACUGUGCCUUGACAAAUUAAAAAUUCAGCUGGAGGAGCUCCACUCGGAGCAGACGUUUUUCCCAGAAAGGAUCAGGUUCUCUGUUCCUCGCUUCAGGAAAAUCGUGACGUGCCACGGAGUAAAACCCCUCGAGCAGCUGAGCUACUGGAACCACUUAGUGGCAGGAACUCAAGGAGGAGUGCUCUAGCACCUGCCCUGCUCCACUGAACAAACUGAAAUUCUCUGCUUUUACAGGGCUGCUCCCCACUCCAGCACACUCCCAAUUAACUCCAGCUCCAUCACGUUAAUGACUUUGAAAUGUUAUUUUAAUCACAGAAUCAGAGAACUGUUAAGGUUGGAAAAGACCUCCAUGAUCAUUGAGUCAAAUCUUUGAUUAAGCAUCCCCUUGUCAGCUAAACCAGAGCACUGAGUGCCACGUCCAGUCAUUCCUUGAACACUUCGUGGACAACCCCUUCCAGUGCUUAACCACCCUUUCUGUGAAAAAAUUCCCUAUUUCUGCCCAAGAACAUGCAAAUUUCCUUCUCUCCCAUUCACUCCCACCUCUGUGCAUCCCUUCUCUGCACAAGUUACAAUAAUUAUU